AGUUCUUGUGGCAAGUUGAGAAAGAGGAAACACAAAAAUUAAGUGUCACAGAGAGGAAAGCAUGAGAACGAGUCCCAUGGAUCACAGAGCAAAGCUGUGAGAUACUGAGACAUGACAGGCAGGCUGGUUUUGGCGUGCGUUGCUUGACCUGGCACUGAAGAGAGAAAAGCAGCAAAGAAAGACCAGAAAAACAUUCAAUCUGUGGUCAUGGGGAGUGUUAGUGAAUUGUGUGUGUCCAGUUUUCAAGCUUUCUUGUGUCCAACAAUACCAAGGAGUCCUCCAGUGCCUGACGACCUCACGCCUGAGGAGCAAAAAGAACUGGAAAACAUCCGCCGGCGAAAGCAGGAGCUGAUGGACGACAUUCAGCGUCUGAAGGAUGAGAUAGCUGAAGUGACCAGUGAGAUUGAAAACCUGGGUUCCACCGAGGAGAGGAAAAACAUGCAGAGGAACAAACAAGUGGCAAUGGGCCGCAAGAAAUUCAACAUGGACCCCAAAAAGGGGAUCCAGUUCCUCAUUGAAAAUGACCUUCUGAAGAACACCAGUGAAGACAUUGCACGGUUCCUCUACAAGGGUGAAGGUCUUAACAAGACUGCAAUAGGAGACUACCUAGGAGAGAGGGAUGACUUCAAUAUCCAGGUCCUUCAUGCUUUUGUGGAGCUGCAUGAGUUCACAGAUUUGAACCUGGUUCAGGCUCUCAGGCAGUUUCUCUGGAGUUUCAGACUUCCUGGUGAGGCACAAAAGAUUGACAGAAUGAUGGAGGCGUUUGCCCAGCGCUACUGCCAAUGCAACCCGGGAGUCUUUCAGUCCACAGACACAUGCUAUAUUUUGUCCUUCGCCAUCAUCAUGUUGAACACCAGCCUUCACAACCCAAACGUCAAGGACAAGCCCACAGUAGAGCGUUUCAUCUCCAUGAACAGAGGCAUUAAUGAGGGAGGAGACCUGCCAGAGGACCUGCUCAGGAACCUAUAUGACAGCAUCAAGAAUGAGCCCUUCAAAAUCCCUGAGGAUGACGGCAAUGACUUGACGCACACUUUCUUCAACCCGGACAGAGAGGGCUGGCUACUCAAACUGGGAGGGGGACGCGUCAAAACCUGGAAAAGACGGUGGUUCAUCCUCACAGAUAACUGCCUUUACUACUUUGAGUACACUACUGAUAAAGAACCAAGAGGCAUCAUCCCUCUGGAAAACCUCAGCAUUCGUGAAGUGGAGGACAAGAAGCCGCACUGCUUUGAGCUCUUCAUCCCUGACAAUAAGGACCAGGUGAUCAAGGCAUGUAAGACAGAGGCGGACGGACGGGUCGUCGAAGGGAACCACACCUUCUACCGCAUCUCUGCUCCCACUGCCGAGGAGAAAGACGAAUGGAUGAACAGCAUUAAAGCGGCCAUCAGUAGAGAUCCUUUCUACGAGAUGCUGGCGGCGAGGAAGAAGAAGGUCUCCUCCGUGAAGAGACACUAGAGCUGCUCAGGACGUGGUAGAUUCAGGGCUACUGGAACCGCUUCCCCUCGUGGAGGCAACUCAGCUGUGAAGAGUCUAAAACAACCUCCAACUUCAGAAAGAAAUCUUCACCAGGAUCAGCGAGGUCAAACCUUGCUAGACUCUGCGCCUCUUUUUAAAUGUCUCCUUGCUAAAGUGUGUGUGUGUGUGUGCGUUGGAAGGAAGUCAGUGGGCUUUUUUAAUUCGCUACUGCUUCCUUGAAACCCCCAAAGAGAACAUUUUUCCUCAUGCUCAACCAAAAUAUUCUCUUUGUUUCUCUCUCUCUCUCUUUCCUCUUUCUAUCCCUCUCGUCUCUCUUGCACACGCACGCACUUGCAUAAUCUGAAAUCAGCAGGUCUGACAGAAAGUUCCUACGUGCUUCGGAAAAGGAAGAUUUCCUUUGUGCUAUGAAAUGUACAGGCAAUACGUGUAUUUUUACAUUUUUUAUCGUGCACAAGCGGCUUGGUCCUCAGAGGUUUAUUUGUGUAUUUAAUUGUAAAAACACUUUCAAAGAAACUUCUAUUAUUUGCAACAGAUAAAGGAAAGGGUGGGAAAUCACCCUGGAUUCGUCAGACGCCAGCGUUUCUUGAAACGCGACAUAAGCAUAUAGUGUGUUGUGAGAAGCUGCUGCAGUAGUUUGUAUAUCGGCAGCGUUCACAGACGUUCUGCACACAUAAGCGGAAUUAUGAGAUUUCGUCAUUACAAGGAUAUCAAGCAUUGGUACUACCUCUCAGACAGACAAGGGCGGUAAUUUACAGAGGGGAAUGUUUUUAUUUUCCGUGAGGUCUUUAUCCCAGAGCGUUUGGACCUUCAAAUAAAAAGUUUUUCAUAAAAUGAGUAAAUGUGCCUAAAAACAGUUCAGCGUCAGUAACGACUGAAGUCCUCCGGAUGCUCCAGUGCCUGCUCGCAUUUCUUCUUUCUUGGGUUUCCAUCAGUCUAGCAGUUAUUCUUCACGCUAAAUAUUCAAUCUAAGCAGUAUUGGUUUAAUUUAUCAAAGAUGUACAUACUUUAGUGUAUAGAGAAUAUCGGUUUCCAUUUUAUAAAUGUGUGUACUGUAUGUAGCAGUAUUGUACUAGUUGAGUGCCAUUUUCUUUCUUCUUUUUUAUUUUUUAUUUUCUGGAGGUCGAUACCAUUGUAGUGGUAGCCAGACCAUGCUGAAAUAAAGAUAUUAUAGCAGA